UAAUAUUAAAAAAAAAAAUUAUUGAUUCAAUUAUCGUAGGUGGAAGAAUUUGACAGAGAACUGGCAAAUAUAUUCGAUCAAGUAUUUUCUGAAUGUCAUAAUACUGAAAUUAUAUUUAAGGUAAUAUGGAUUCUAGGCUCAAUGGCCAACCGACCAAUUAUCAUGGCACAAUUAUGGCACAAUUAUGAGAGGUUACUUCAAAGAAUUCAUGACCAUUUUGAUGAUGUUAAAAUCAUAUUUGACAAUACCUUUAAAGAUUAUAAGGAGGCUGAAUGGAUUGAAACUAAUCAGUAUUUCCCACAUGUCGCUGGUGCAUUGUGUACGUUAACACAAUUGCGACAACGAAUAAACUAUCCGAUGCAAUGUGCGAAAUUAGUUGAUCAUCCCUUGAUAAACCUUAAAAUAGCACGUGAAACCAAACCAAAAUACGAUCAAAUGCAGGUAAUAUAUCACAAAGACCUGGAAAAAGUGAGACAUGAAAAAGCGAUGUUAGAUUUUAUCGUCACUUAACUUGAUUUCUUAAUGUUUUUAUUUGCUUAUAUAAAUGUUCAAUCUAUAAUAUAUAUCUUAAUAAUUAUUGUAACAUCUAUUUAAUUUUAUAAAAUAUAAAACACGUAUCACUUGUCAUUCACUUAUAUGAUUAUUAGUGGCUAAAUUUUUACGAUAUAAAGCAGUUGUUCAAAAGUAAUCAUCUAGAUAAAUAUUAAAAUAUCUUUGAUGUCUAAUGUACUUAUUCAAUUCUCGAAAUUAUGUACGUUAAUGAAAGUGCAUUGUGUUCUCUCAUAAGUCACUCUUGGAUGCAAUGGAACAUAAAAUAUUCACGGACUGGGCCAAUAAGUUAAUCAACAUAAGCAACAUCCAUUUAUCGAAAAGCUUAUUAACGAUAGAUGAGAAUAAGCUGCUCGAUUUAAAUUUUAAUCCGGAACUGACUGCUCUAUUGAGAGAAACUCGCUUUAUGAUAACCAUGAAAAGAACAGACCUACCCGAGGAAGCGAUUCAAUUAUAUUCAAGAACGCAGUAUUUUUUUGAGAGUACUUACAAUCUCAAUUUGAUCAUACAAUGGUAAGUAAACAUAAUUUAUUAAGUAAUGAGACAUAACAAUUCGCAUAUAUGUUUGUUCGAUGGUAGGUACAAUUGGAUAAGGAAUUAUAGUUUGCCUGUGGAAUUUGAAUUGUUGAAGGACGAAAUUGAAAAAGUAGACAAAUUAAUUCAAAUCGGACAAGAGAACUAUAAUUGGAAUUCCCCAGGUAAAAUUCUUAAUUAUGAUGAAUAUUAAUUGUGUGUGUGUAUAAAAAUAGUUAAAUGUUAUGUUAAUGCUUGUAAGAAACAAAAAAUAAUGUAUAAAUUGUUAAAACCUUUGUAAUAUAGAAUCAUUUGUGACACCCACAAUACUUCCGAAUAACUUUUAUUUCAAAUAAUUUUACCAUAUAAUUUUUAUUGCUUCGCAGCAAUAAUCAAUGAUAUAGACAAAUUAAAUUAAUUUUUUAUCUAUUAUAAUACUAUACAGGGU